AUGGACCACAAGCCAGGCGCGGCCGUCCAUGAGCCGUUGCUCCCGUCGCCACCGCAGCCGCAGGGCAAGGCGGCGUCGGCGGAGGCGAAGCGGCUGAUGCGUCUGGCGGGGCCGAUCGUCGCCAGCUGCGUGCUGCAGAACGUCGUCAACAUGGCGUCCGUCAUGUUCGUUGGCCACCUCGGCGAGCUCCCCCUCGCCGGCGCUUCCCUAGCCACCUCCCUCGCCAAUGUCACGGGCUACAGCCUUCUCACCGGCAUGGCGACCGCGCUGGACACGCUGUGCGGCCAGGCGUUUGGCGCGCGGCAGCUCCACCUCCUCGGCGUCUACAAGCAGCGCGCGAUGGUAGUGCUCGGGCUCGCCUGCGUCCCCAUCGCGCUCGUCUGGGCGUACGCCGGCCGGAUCCUGCUCUUCCUCGGCCAGGACCCGCAGAUCGCCGCGGAGGCCGGCGCGUACGCGCGAUGGCUCAUCCCGUCGCUCGCCGCCUACGUGCCGCUGCAGUGCCACGUCCGCUUCCUGCAGACGCAGAGCGUCGUCCUGCCCGUCACGGCGAGCUCCGGCGCCACGGCGCUCUGCCACCUGAUCGUCUGCUGGGCGCUGGUGUACAAGGCCGGCAUGGGCAGCAAGGGCGCCGCGCUCAGCAACGCCGUCUCCUACGCCAUCAACCUCAUCAUACUGGCACUGUAUGUCAGGCUGUCGGCCGCGUGCAAGGAGACAUGGCAUGGCUUCUCAUGGGAGGCGUUUAAGGACCUGUGGAGGUUCACCGAGCUUGCCUGGCCGUCUGCCAUGAUGAUCUGCUUGGAGUGGUGGUCGUUUGAAGUUCUUGUGCUGCUAUCCGGUCUUCUGCCAAAUCCUCAGCUGGAAACUUCAGUCCUGUCAAUUUGCCUAAACACUGGCGCUCUGCUCUACAUGAUACCAUUGGGGCUUACUUAUUCCAUAAGUACACGUGUUUCCAACGAGCUUGGUGCCGGGCAUCCUCAGGCCGCGAAAAUGGCAACAAAGGUAGUCGUGUACAUGGCUUUAUCUGAAGGACUCGUUAUAUCCUUGACCAUGACCCUGCUACGCAAUAUUUGGGGAUAUAUGUACAGCAAUGAGAAGGAAAUUGUGACAUACAUCUCUAAAAUGUUGCCCAUCCUCGGGAUAUCUUUCUUCAUAGAUGGCCUUCAUAGCUCUCUUUCAGGGGUGCUCACAGGCUGCGGAAAGCAAAAGAUUGGCGCAGCCGUUAAUCUCGGUGCGUUCUACUUGUUAGGCAUCCCAAUGGCUGUACUGCUUGCAUUCAUCUUCCAUCUGAAUGGAAUGGGCCUCUGGCUUGGCAUCGUCUGCGGUAGCGUCACCAAGCUGGUUUUUCUUUUGUUUGUAACGUGUUCCAUAGACUGGGACAAGGAGGUAAUCAAGGCGAAGUACGGAGUGUUAAGCUCAUCUCUCCCAUUAGCAUGA